AUGCGUCUAUUGGAAGGUAAUACAAGUUCAUCGGAUGAACUCAUUCUCACCUAUGGAAGACCAUUCACCAUGAAAUCUGUUCACGGAAGAAUGCUCACUUUCAAUACUCAUGAAUAUUCAGCCAAGACGUUUCUGAAUGCCUUUGUUCAAAUUUCUGCCUCUGAUGUUCAGAGUACCUCGGUAAAGCCAUCGGGUGGUGCACUCAUGGGAGCUGUCUCUCAUAUUGAUGCUUCCACUGUGAAAGACUACAUCAAGACAGUCUACGAAAAUGCUUCAUCGCCUUCUCACUAUGGAGUGUUUAUCAUGCAACCUGCUAAUAGCAAAGUUAGCAAGAAUAGUCCAGUUUGUUACGGUCAAAUUGUUCACAUUUACUUUGUGAGAGAUCAAGAUCAAAAAAAGGAGAGUUGUGGAAAGUAUCUCAUUAUGAAUGGAAACUUCCCUCAAUUGGGAUUUGUCAGUGAUGGUGAUCAUCAAAAUUCUGAACCAAUUGCAGUCUCUGCAAUCAAGACUCUUCCCAAUGAAGAGUUGCAAAACUUCCCAGUUCGAAUUGGUGAAGAUAUUGGAUUGAAGAGAGUGGUUUGCAAUCAGUUGGAUCAAUAUUACUUGUCUUGUAGAAAGGCCAAUAACAUUUGCCAACGAAACAAAUCAACCAAUUUGGCUGCAUGGGAAAAAUUUACCUUGUGCUUUGAGAAUGGAAAAUCUGUUCCACCUUCAGAGCGUGACAGAUUGUUAAAUUCUCUCUACAGCGAAACCACCUAUUUAAGAGAUAGAACUGUGAUUAUUAGCUUUAGAAAUCAAUUUAAGAAAGCUGUACCAAAGGAGAACAUUCCAACUGAAGAUGAACUUAAAACAAUCAUUGAGAAUGAAAUUGGAUUCCCAACUGAGGAAGUUUCAUACAUUGAUUCAAUGAAUGACUGGAUGGUUGAGGAACAAAUUGAUGAAGAGGAACUCGAAGAACCAACCACUUCAUCGCUUGGUGAAGCUCAAAAAGAAUAUGAAACUCCAAAGGUGCUGCAAAAUGAUAAUAAGGAGAAGAAGAUUUUCACCAAGUAUGCCAAAGUGGUGUUUAAAAAGAAGUCACACCGAGAUAUAUUGGGUGACAUCUUUUUGUAUCAAAUAACAAAAUCCCUCCUCAUCAAAUGUAUGAUUCCAAAGGACUUUGCAAAGAAAAAGUAA